AUGAAGCGGCCCCGGCAGCCCAGCGGCUCCGACGGCGAGUCCGACGGCCCCAUCGACGUGGGCCGCGAGGGAGAGCUUGGCCAGAUGGCCAGGCCGCCGUCCACCCCCAGCCCUUCGCAGAUGCAAGCCCGGAAGAAACGCCGCGGGAUCAUAGAGAAGCGGCGAAGAGACCGCAUCAACAGCAGUCUCUCCGAGCUGCGGCGCCUGGUCCCCACCGCCUUCGAGAAGCAGGGCUCCUCCAAGCUGGAGAAGGCUGAGGUCCUGCAGAUGACAGUAGACCACUUGAAAAUGCUCCACGCGACCGGCGGGACAGGAUUUUUUGAUGCCCGAACCCUGGCCGUUGACUUCCGGAGCAUCGGUUUCCGGGAGUGCCUCACCGAGGUCAUCCGGUACCUGGGGGUCCUGGAGGGACCCAGCAGCCGAGCGGACCCCGUGCGGAUCCGCCUGCUCUCCCACCUCAACAGCUACGCGGCCGAGAUGGAGCCUUCCCCCACCCCUGCCAGCCCCCUGGCCUUCCCUGCCUGGCCCUGGUCCUUCUUCCAUAGCUGUCCGGGGCUGUCCGCCCCCAACGGCCAGCUUGCCAUCCUAGGGAGAGUGCCCGGCCCGGUCCUCCCCAGCGCCUCCUCUCUUACGUACCCCACCCCGGCUCUCCGCAGCGCUCCCCUGCGCAGGGCCGCUGCCACCCUCCUGCCAGCCCGGAGGAGCUUGCUGCCCAGUCGCGGAGCAUCUUCUGCCCGGAGGGUCCGCCCUCCGGAGAGGCCAGCCGUCCCCCUGCCCAUGGCCCCCAGCGGCAGGGCUGCCCGGAGCAGCCACAUGGCGCCCCUCCUGCCAUCCUCUUCCCCCACGGCCCCCGGUGCCGGGAGGUCCCCUGCCUAUGCCAGUGUUCCGGCCGCCAGGCCCUCCGCCCCCAGGCCCUCUUCCCCUGGGCCUGCUGGGCGGCCGGCCCGGGCCGUGCUCUGCCCGUCCUGGGCCUCCGAGAUCAUGGACGUGGGGGCUUUCUAA